AUGUCGUCUCAUGCAACUUUCAUGGGCCUGCCGCCAGAGCUGCGGCUACGGAUCUAUGAGUAUGCUCUGGAUCCAUUUGCCGGCAAAGACCCAUCAGUCUCCCAUGAACCGGAGCCCAGUGGGCAUUUCCGUGAAGACUCUCCUCGAUCGAAUCCUUCACGAAGCGACCGCGCUGCCGCCAACAGCUCGCUUCCACUCCUGCGAGUCAACAAGCAAGUGUACCGAGAGGCGCUGCCCGUCCUUUGCUCCGGCUCCGAAUUGCGCAUUGAUCUUGGAUCGAUGGUAUUCGACUACUUGGAUCCGUCUCGUCUAACUCGACUGAGGCAUGAUCUGGGACUCGUUUCGCGGGAUGCCUCGAAACUCAUGAGACAGCUUCUCCUCAGAGGCUCCCAUGAUUGCGGCGAAAUGUGCACACUGCCCCGUCUGAACUUAGCCGAAUACCAAGAUCGAUACUGGGGCAUCGUUUCAUGGCUACUUCCAAACCUUCGCAACCUUCGAAUCCAUCUGCGUCUCUGCGAGUGCAAACCUGGGGAGCACAAGCUUGGAUUGCACGCUUUCAUUGGCGUAAAGAAUUUGCUGAGACUUCAGAAGUUGACACUCCAGCUGCAUUAUCGCGGUCUCGCUGCCAGAACCUGCGAUGAUGCGCUUUCGUGA